UUAUAGACCACCAGAGGGCCGCAAGCCCUUACUUUGGAAUGAAUGUGUACCAACCUGAAACGAACUUCACAGCGGUGGUCUGUCUGCUUUUGUGGUAACGAGCUCACGCGAAUAAAUCAACUGCAUUUAGAAGAUCGGUGGUGGUGGUGCUGGUGCUGGUGGUGGGGGGACUGCAGGGCUCCUGAUGCUGUCGUCAUGGUGAACGAUGUUCCGGAAAGUCAAAAAGCGCCACAGCAGCAGCAGCUCGCAGAGCAGUGAGAUCAGCACCAAAAGCAAGUCUGUGGACUCCAGUUUGGGAGGCCUCUCCAGAUCGAGCACGGUCGCCAGCCUCGACACCGACUCCACUAAGAGCUCAGGUAACAGUGCGUCUGACACGUGUGCCGAGUUCCGGGUGAAGUAUGUGGGAGCCCUCGAGAAGCUCCAGUUCGACAUGAGCAGGGUCCUCCAGGAGCCGCUGGACCUCAUCAAUUACAUCGACGCUGCUCAGCAAGAUGGAAAGCUGCCCUUCGUCCCCGGAGACGAGGACAUGGUCCUGGGUGUGUCCAAGUACGGUGUCAAAGUGGCCUCAGUGGACCAGUGUGACGUGCUGCAUCGUCACCCUCUGUACCUGAUCGUGCGUAUGCUGUGUUACGACGACGGCCUCGGCGCGGGGAAGAACCUGCUGGCUCUCAAAACCACUGAUCCAAGUCAAAAAGAAUGCAGCAUUUGGGUUUACCAGUGUAUCAGCUCAGAGCAGGCUCAGUCUAUCUGCAAGGUGCUGUCGACCUCUUUUGACUGCGUGCUGACAUCAGACAAGUCCUGAGGACAGAGAUCCUGUCAGGAGAGCUGCAGAGCCAGUAACAGCUGAUAAAAAAUUUAACCAUUUCUGGUUUUUUACCCAAGUUUUAAGUGCAGCGCAAAUCUGAGUGUUGUUUUUUUUUUUUUUGUCAAAGUCUCAUCACCUCUCAAAAUAAAUUUAGGAGCCAAAAGUAAAUCGUAGACAGGCGAGAAAACACAAGAUUUUUGUUUUUAAGAGCUUUUUAAAGUCAAUGAAAUCCUAUUUAUUAUACAAAAUGUUACAAGGUACACGUCAGCCUGUGCUAACUCAUGGGAGACAUUAACAUGCUCAGAUGUUCACAGUUUAGUUCUCUCUUCACGUGGAAACCACUCAGAUCUUUGUGUCUUUUUGUUUGUGAACAAACGUAUUGGUACAGUAGCGGUCACUAUCUGACAGGAAGGUACAAAGGUCACAAAGAGGCUUGAAUAUUUUACACAAUACUUUACUUUACUUUAAUUACGCUGUUUGUUUUGAAUUUUCCCUCGUUUGGUACCAAAAAGCUUGAUGUAUUGUCUAAUUUAGCUCUUAUUUUCAUGUAGUAGACAUACGUAGUAAGUGUAUUUAGACGAGAAAAAUCCUAUUCCACUGUUUGUUUACAUUUGUGGGACUAACUGAAUUACUCACCAUGUCCUCAUCACCUUGUUCCAGUUAAGCUUGAGUCACGAAACUGUGUGAAACCGGUACAACAAUGUGUGAGUUUGAUAAACAAGUAUUUUACUGAUUAAAAUGUCAUUUCACCUACA